UCGCGACGUCUUCGUCGCCUCCCUCUUGUACACGCGCCGCUCGUCCGGACGCCACCCAUCGCCGCAGCACCCCCGCCUCCGCCGCUGCAGUCCGGCCAGCGCGCAGGCCACCUCGCGAAAUCCACAACCUAGAGAACCAAAAAAGCCCAAAACCCUAGCCGCCUCCGUAGAACGCGCGCUGCACCAUGUCGGCAUCCACUAGCGGCGGCGGGCCGCUCUCGCCCCAGGCGGCCGCGGCGCUACAGGAGGGUAUCGGGCUGGUGUUCGGGCGCUGGACGGCGCUGCAGAUGGCGGUCGAGAACCAGUGGGGCGGCCGCGACUCCCGCGCCAAGGCAGACCAGCUCGCCGCGUCCAUCUUCUCCUGGUUCGCCAACUCCAAGGGUCCAUUUUAUUACGAUGACUUGGGGGAUAUGAUGUUUGACAGCAUGUCUGAUUCCUUCAAUACUGAAGUUGAGGAUGGUAGCGUUGGGGAGGUUGCUAAGAAAUUAUUGGAAAUGCAUGAAGAAUGCCUACAAAACAACUUUUCAUCAAUUGAGAAGCUAAGGAAUACACGUCCUCAAGGAAAUGCUGUCUCCCAAAGUAGACAGAUUGCAACCGAGGAUGAUGAUAGCUCGGAUGAUGAUGAUGAGCCAUCAAUGGUGGAAAAUGAAGCUGCUAGGUCAGAGGACAUGGCGGUGGAUGAGCCAAAACCUUCCAAGCCUACCCCUGAUGCUGAUGGGUGGACAACUGUGCCACCUAGGCAUGGCCGAGGCAAGAACUAAGCAGAUGCAAACCUUGGCAAGACACAUAGAGGCUGUUUUGUUCUUUUCAAGUGUGAUUAGCAAAAGCUUGGGUCAACUCCUACCUGUACCGUUCUGGUCUAUAGGUUUUUAAGUUUUAUGCUCUAUGUGUGCUCUCUGGAGUUUUAUUAGAGAUGUUGUUUGUGUGUUGCAAGCUGUCUUGACCACUCUCGUGGUGUUGGACAUGGCAACAAAAGAUUCUAGCUGUAAACCAGGUCUAAAAUAUUACCUCCGCUUCAAAAUAUGAUCUUUUUUUAUAAA